UGUGUGUAGAUGAAGCUCUACCUCCAUUAUUUCGGGGUGGGUGUGGUCUUAUUGUCACUGGCUCCGUCCACCUUGUCGUUCUCCUGUGGAGCCAACCAAGCCUCCUGUCAGAAAAUGAUUCCCGGCCACAUCCGUGCUCAACCCCAGGACCCGCAGCACAGCCACGUCGCUCUGCGCACAUCCGCCUCUUCAUACCUUCCGGGACAAUUAGUCACAGUAACUGUUCGAAGCUCUCGGGAUUUCAUGGGCUUCCUGCUCCAGGCUCGCAGUGCAGAGGGUGGAAGGGAAGCUGGAGUUGGAGCCGGGGUAAAGUCUAUGAGAGCGGGCCCAGGGCUGGUGGGCGGCUCCUGGACCCUCAUUCCCCCCGGCACUCACACCUUGCGCUGCCUCUCGGAGGGCGACACCAUAACACACUCUGACAAACAGCUGAAGAGAAACCUCUCAUUUGUGUGGAGGGCUCCUGAUGUUCCCAUGGGAGACAUACGGUUCUACAUCACAGUGGUGCAGUCCUACUUUGUGUACUGGGCAGGUAUUGAAUCUGCAGUGGUGCUUGACAGGAGUCGUAGUCCUUGGAGUGGGAGUAACAUCACAGGGGUCGAUGGAGGGAGUUCAAUGUUUGCACUGCAGGAGGAUAAAGUCACUACUCUGCCAGUUCUCAGAAGACAUCGAGUAUCAUUCAAACAAACUGGCAACGAGAUAGCCAGCCAUCCUGCUACCCUACGACCCACCACAACCACAAAUACUGGGACACAAAGCUACAAAUCUCUGGAGACUCUAAUAGGAGUCACUCAUUCAGUCUUGGAGAUGAACAGCUCUACAACUUCAGCAUCCCUUGCAGUUGACCACCUGACAAAUCACACCUUCGAUGAAAGGAACAUCUCUGUUACUUUGGGAUCUCUUCAAAAUGCUACCGACAGCAGCAAGACUGAAAUCUACGUAACUUUAGGAUCUGUUUCAGGCGUGGCUGAAGAGGCAGGCACUGACACAGGAAACCUUGUGACUCACACUGAGGACCCAAAGAGCUCUUAUUUCUCAUCUAGCCACCUUCCAUUCACAGUCUCUUUCUCAUCAGAUGAGGCUAAAGAGGUAAAAGCUGCAUUCACUCUAUUGGCAAACAUCACAGUGCAAAACUCAAGCUUUCCUCCUUCCUUGCUCGAAUUCCUUACUCGCCUCCCCCCUCUGAAGGACAGUCAGAUGAAAAGAAACGAAGCAAAGAUGAACUUGCAGAAUUUAAAACUGCCAACCAAUCUUGAAACAAUGGACAUAACACCAAACCCCCAAACUAACACCACCAUUAUACCUUCAAGCAAUCACAGCUUCCACAAUGUAGAACCCUCAGUACCAACAUCUCAGAAUCCAGCUACACCAAUCCAGGACCAAACUAGUCUAGUAAGGUUCAAGACCCAAAGCAGUUCAUCGCAGCCAUGGAUGACUAGUCUAACCACAUCUCUAGUUAGUCUAAGCAAGUAUGGAAUAGGUAGCCAGUCUAGUCCACUGUCCCUAAAUCCUCACAUCAAGCCUUUAUUCCAGUCCCAAACUACUUCACCCAAGCCUUUUCUUCAGGUUCAAAUUUCAACUUUCAAACCUCUUCACCAGUCCCAAACUGUUACAUUUAAGACCUUUCUCUUCUCCCAGACAUUGUCACCUAAGACAGUUUCCCAGCUCCCAACAUCAUCACCAAACUCCAUUCUUCCAUCCGAAUCUCCAACAUUUCAGGCCUUUCUCCAGACACACACAACUUCUUCUCUCACUCAGGCCCCACCUAACAAACUACCCAAAAACAUCCUGAAUAUGACAUCCCACUACCAGCCUGUGAGAGAAAAUAGUCCAUCAACACAAACCAAUCAACCUCACCCUCAGCGACAAAGACCUGCACCUCUGACCAGUACUCCGCCUCACACCCUGAGCAUCUUUCACCAAGCAAUGCCACAAACGAUCCCAGCCCAAACUCUGGGUCGAGCUAGCUUUCUUCAAACAGACCGUUCCCAUUCUGACAUCCCACUUGUGGCUUCGAGUAUUUCCCCCCAAGCAUGGUCCCAGUCCCAUCCCCAAACCCAUGCACCACAGGCACAUACCUUUGGGUGGAAGCAAUCUCAACCCUCAUUAUCUCCUAAAGUGUUUAAUCUCCUGCUCUCUACAUCAAGAUUUGAUACAACCAUCACAUCCGAUGAAGGUACAGAGAGCAAAGAUGCUCAGUCAAUCUUUGCCUCCAUUCCCUCAGGCACUCUUGCUGCUUCUUCUCCCACGCCUACACGUCUGACCACCCCUCCCUCUUCAUCCUCUUCUUCCACCAAUACUUCGUCUUUCUCUUCCAUUAGUUCUACCACUCCCCUUUAUCCUUCUGGAGACUCAACCCUGGUGUCCAUGCUCAAAUUGCUCAAUCGCUCCUCUUCCUCCUUCACGAGAAACCAACCAAAAACAGCUCCAGCCCUUUCUGCUCUUCCCUCUCCUUCCCCAAUCUCCAUUCCUCCUGCUGAUCCAACCUUUGUUUCCCCUACACCACCCUCCUUUACCUCCUCUGCAAUACUUUCAUCUAGCUCCUUCAACCAUCCAUCAUCAGCCCCUUUCUUUUCCCCAGUCCCUAUAUCUACAUCUUCCCCAUCUCCUAUUGAAUCUCCCCAAUCCCAAUCCACUACCUUUUCUUUGCCCUCUUCUUCUUCUUCUAUCUUCCCAGCCAUCUCCUCCUCAUCCUCCCCCUCCUUUGCCUCAUCAACCUCUUCCAUUUCUUCUACUACUUCUCCCCCUUCAUCUCCGACUUCUUCCUCGCCCACCUCAAUGGGUGCCUCAUCUUCUUUCAUCUCAUCCACCACCUCUUCUUCUUCCAUACCCUCCAAGUCUACCUCCCCUCACCCAGAACCCUCUCCUGCUCCCCGUCGGUCUCUCUACAAUUCCCUCACAUCCACCUUAUUGCCUUUUCCUUCCCAGAAACCUGACUUGGAUCAGAGGUUGCUAAUCCAGAACCCCAUCGCGUCACCCAACCCUGAGCCAAUCCUCAACCCACCAACACCAAGUACAGUAGUUCACCCAAACCCCUUACCCCAUCCAAACCUUAAACCAAACUUUAUACUGAAUGCUGAACAUGAGUUUAAUCCGAAACCUCCCAAAACUGAUAUCAAAUCCAAACGUCCCUACAAUCCCUCUGGAACUCCAGACAAGGAAGGGAAGUAUCCAGAUAUUAUCCCUAGAUACAGCGCCUGGGAGGUGGGUAUGCUGUUGGGCUGCUCAGCUGGCCUGGGCAUGGUGCUGGUGGUGGGGAUAAGGUACAUGUACCGCCAGACCUGUGGCAAACGGACGGGGGUGACACUGAACGAUAGGGAGAGAGAGUACGAAAGAGGAGAGAGAGGAUUGAUCCAUGUCCAGGAGUGUGGAGACCUGGUCAGAGUGCGGAGAAUCAGAGAGAACAGUUUCGUGCUUCUGGCAGAGUAUGAUAUAGUGGCAUCACCUGGAGACUGAAAUAUGGGCCACAUAUGGGAUUUAA